CUCCUUCCUUCUCCUUUUCCUCUUCUUCCUCCUUCCCGGUGUCACUCACGGCAGGAGAAACACGCGUUUUGUCCACCGGCCUUCUCUUACACCGACAGGGCACAAAAAACGCAGCAAACAUUUUGAGCAUUUGAGUUUGAUACUAGACUGAGCUCAACACCUUUACUGAGGAAGACGAUGUCUAAGAAGAUCCCGCAAUGUGCUGUGGAAGAUCAGUCCGAGCAUGAACAGCCUCCCAGUCAUUGUCAGGUGGAUCCCUCCAUGAAAGCAGCAGCAGGUUGCAGGAACAAGGCUCAACCAGGCCAGAGAAAUGGAGAGACGGCAUCGUCGUCACCAGAGAGUAGCAGUUUGAAUGGAGAUGGAAAGCGCAGUGGGAAAAGCCGUCGUCGCAAGAAACGCUCAUCUAAUUCUGAGAAUCCCCUGGAGGAAAAAAUCAAUAAAGUCAAGAAUGAAGAGAAGCCAGAGAAACGAACCAGCCAGCCACCUGACUGCCGUGCUGGGUUGAUCGGUCUGCAGUCUGAAUGUGCUAAUGUGUGGUUUGAACGUAGCAUCUAUGAGCAAGCUGAGAGCCUCUACCAGUGCUGGUUGGCAAGCUCUUCUAAUGGGACCACCCAAUCGAAACGAUCCCCUCCAUCCUCAGGGAAACGUUCCAACUCUCCAUCUGCCAUGGCCUCAUCUUCUGCAGGACCGUCUUGCUGCCAUGGUGACCGUGUAGCUUGUCACCACAUCUUACAGACAGUGUGGGUAAACAAGAUGACCUUUGAUCAAGCAGAGCGCUGCUUUGUUGAAGAAUCCAUGCAGCCGUCAGUUCCAAACUCUCUGAACCUCCCACCUCCACCCAACCGCCCCAUGACACCCAGAACACCAGAUGAAGGAUAUCAGUCUCUAGCUCCAACUCCUGCAACCCCAGUCAUCCAACAAGCACCUGUCAUGCAAACCACUCGCCAGUCGAUCAACGGACUGUCCCGCAUCCCAGUUGAACUGCUCAGAGAUGUGUGGCUUGACAAGCCGAUGUAUGACCGCGCCGAGGCAGCCUUUUACCAAAACCUGUAUGGUAAUAAUUCCUCCAAACGGUCUAGCUGCACUGGCACCUCCAGAAGCAAUGACCACCCUCAAAGCCUUGUGGAGGAAGAAGAAGAAGAGGUGGAAGAUAAGGAAGUGGCUGUGGAGGAAAAGUGGGUGGUCCCACAGGGGAAAGCAGAAGUUUUCCGUGCGCUGCACCCUAUCCAGGAGGAGGAAGAACCAGCUGAGGUCCCUGAGAAGGAAGAAGCGUCAACUGCAGGAGUGUGCUAUUUUCUUCACUCGGACAGCGAGCGGGUGUGGCUGGACAAGUGGCGAUAUGAUGCUGCAGAGAGUCGCUUCCAUGGCUGCAGGGCGGAUAAAGCCAUAAAAGUGAGGAAGGAUCGCAGGCCAGAAGCAGGAGCCUCAUCUGUUGCCUUCAUCGCCCUACUGAGGGACAAUAAAAUGAGUACAGUAGACUUUCUGGCCCAGGAGAAGAUCUGGUUUGACAAACCUCGAUAUGACGAGGCAGAAAGAUGCUUCUAUGAGCGCAUGAACGGCUCAUCACAAACCACACAGGAUGUUGGAGCUAACACCAUCCUGCAAGACAUCGCUCGGGCUCGGGAAAACAUCCAGAAAUCUCUAGCAGGAAGCACCAGCAGCAGCAGUGCAGUGGAUCAAGGAGAGCUCAUAUCUCGCAUCAAGAGCCUGGAGCUGGAGAACCAGAGCUUACACAAAGUGGUGGAUGACUUGAGGGCAGCACUUUCCAAACUGGAAUGUCGGGUUACAGUUCUUGAGAAGUCUCCUGUGGCUGUAAACCCAGCUUCAGCUGCAGCUCCUUCAGUCCCCUACACAAAUGGCACUACUGUCCAGCAGAAGACCAGCGCCCCGGUAAAAGAGGAGGAGGAGGACGAGGAUGAUGAUAUCGAUCUGUUUGGCAGCGAUGACGAAGAGGCAGAGAAGCUCAAAGAGCAGAGAUUGAAAGAAUAUGCAGAGAAGAAAGCAAAGAAGCCCGCCCUCAUCGCCAAGUCCUCAAUCUUGUUGGAUGUCAAACCUUGGGAUGAUGAAACAGACAUGGCGAAGCUGGAGGAGUGCGUGCGCUCAGUGCAGGCUGACGGCCUGUUAUGGGGAACGUCCAAACUGAUUCCGGUGGGUUACGGUAUCAAGAAGCUCCAGAUCACAUGUGUGGUGGAGGAUGACAAGGUGGGAACAGACAUGUUGGAGGAGGAGAUCACCAAGUUUGAAGACUAUGUUCAGAGUGUUGACGUAGCAGCAUUCAACAAGAUCUGAUCUCCCUGUAUCUUUUUCUGUCCUUCUUCAUGAUUUGUUUCUCUGCUGAUUGUGUCAACAGUUAAUAAUAAUAAAAAACAACUCUUGCACUGAAA